GCUGCUCCAAGUCGCCGAGAGAACUCCUCCCUCUGCGAAAAUGUCGUCGCACAAGACCUUCAUCAUCAAGAAGAAGCUGGGGAAGAAGAUGAGGCAGAACAUGCCCAUCCCUCACUGGAUCCGCAUGAGGACUGACAACACCAUCAGGUACAACGCUAAGCGCAUGCACUGGCGCCACACCAAGCUCAGAUUAUAAGGUGGAUGGUUGUUGCUGCUUUGGAAUUGAGCUUUAUUACGCUUUUUUAAGGUUUAAUUCGAGAGAAUAGACUUGGUAAUCUUGAAUGUUUAUCAAUUAUGAACACUUUGUGAUAGUCCCAUAGUAUCGUGAUGGAUUUGUAGUUUCAUUUGUAUUUUGAGUAAUGGGAUGGACCCACUUUUGCAUCA